AGGUCGUCUCUUUCAGUCUGGGGAUUUUCCAAUUUUCAACAACCAUCUGUCUUCCUCUCCUCCCCAAUUCCAAUUCUUCCAAGCUCUCACAAUGGCAGCCAGUCCUACCCCAAUCUUCAUUUCCUCCGACUCUCCACGCAUCCUCACCCACACCGCCUUAAUCAACCACUUCCACUCUUCGCUCCCUGCCGUCUCCGCCGCCAUCAACCCAACCCGUCAAAGCUACACCGUUUCACCCUCCGCCUCCCUCCUUCUCAUGCCCUCCUGGUCUUCAUCCCCCUCUCCUUACAUAGGCGUCAAGCUCGUCACUUGUUUCCCUCAAAACUCCACCCUGAACUUACCCGGUACAAGCCAAUUCGUCCUCUUCAACUCCACCACCGGUCAACCUUUGGCAUCAAUGGGAACCGUUCUGACCCUUUUUAGAACCGCUUGCGUAUCAGGCUUGGCUUCCAGGAUAUUAGCCAGGAACGACAGCAAAGUCCUCGUGAUGAUCGGCGCAGGCGCAUUGGCACCUCAUUUGAUCAAGCCCACUUAGCAGCAAACCCCACUUUGCAAAGGGUAAAUCUGGAACCGUACGAUCAAUAAAGCCAUCGAUUUAGCUCAGAAUCUGCAAAGAAGCAACGAACACGAAGGGGUUUGUUUCGAGACCAUAUCGUUGGAAGAAAUCAUUCCAUUGGGUGACAUUAUCAGCUGUGCUACGAACUCUGAAACGCCGCUCGUUAAAGGGGAGAAAUUGAAACCUGGGGCCCAUUUGGAUUUGGUGGUUCGUAUAAGCCUACUGAAGGAAUGCGAUGAUGAGGCGAUAAAGAGGGGGAGGGUCUAUGUCGAUAAUGCGGAGGCGCUCGUGGAGGCCGGUGAAUUGGUGGGUGCUUUGGAGAGAGGGUUAUGGAAAGAUGAAAUUUGUGGUGAGUUGGUGGAGUUGAUCCAAGGAAAGAAGACUGGGAGGAGGGAUUGUGAAGAGAUUACUGUGUUUAAAUCUGUUGGUUCGGGUGCUGUCGACGUUUUAGCUGCACAAUUGUGUAUGAAGCUCUUGUGAAGAACACGUGUUA